AAAAUGGAGCGUGCAGGAUUUGCUGUGCUGAUUGUCUUAAUAGUUGCGCCAGCUGCGGUCAGUGGUAGUCACAUGGAGACAACAGGUGGGAGGAAAGAAGGUGCUGAGACAGGCCAGGUGAUCUGGGACCAGCAGCAAUCCCGCGGGAUCAAUCGAGGACACUUGUCAAGAGCACCACGGGACGAGUUAUCCUCGAAAACAUCCGGCGAAGCUUCUCUUGGGACCAGCCAAUCUAAAACUCUGGUCCGCGUGCCGAGGGGAGCAUCAUCUCAAGAGGAUCGCAGGCACAUAUCCAAAACAGGUUCGGCUCACGCUGCUGACGCCCCUCGAGAAGAGCUCGUCUCUGCGCUGCGCAACCCCGGACACCCGGUGAGCCAGCAGCAAAGGACCAGAGUGAACCGCAGGCAGAGCAGCAAGCCCACCUCUGCCAGCACCAGACGACUUGUUGGGCCUAAUGUCUGUGGAGGUCAGCAGUGCUGCUCUGGUUGGGCGUUGGCACCAGGAACCAAUCGCUGCAUCAAACCUGACUGCCAGCCCCCCUGCCAGAACCGUGGCUCUUGCAGCCGACCACAUACCUGCGUGUGUCGUUCAGGCUUUCAGGGGCCCCGCUGUGAGGAGGUGGCCCCAGAGCAUGUGUACAUCCGUGAGCGAGGCGCUCUGAAGCGCAUUCAGCCCGGCACCAACCCUUUCCAGAGAGACCAACCGCAGAGACGGCCAUCAGAGAGACACGCCACUGACACCACUAAGGUCCAGAUCCCGCGACCUGAGACCACCAAACAGCCUGCCCACACUGCAUCCCAUGUGAGACGAGGACCUCCUGACUCCUCCCCACAGCAGAUUGGGACCUCCCGUACUGUGAAACGUUAUCCAUCAUCCUCUGGGCCUAUAACCUCUAAUGCUCUGCCUAAUAGCAAUGGCUAUGCUAAUGGGCAUGGCCAUGAGCACAGGAACUGGUAUGAGCACAGGGAUGGGCAUCGCAAUGCGCCAUCCCAUAACAGCCACAGGCCUGCCAGCGACAGCCAGUUGCAUGGACAGUUCAACAGUGUUUUACCACCAGCAGGAGCCAACCUCACUUCCAGCCUGGACCGUAUUAAGAUUGUAUUCACACCUAUGAAAUGCAGAAGGGUGUGCAAUGGCGGGCGCUGCUUCAACAGCUGUGAGAAAGGAGACAUCACCACGGUGUACAGCGAGACUUUACAGCAGCAGCAGCAGCAGCAGCCACAGAACCAGGGCUUCAGACUUUUUUUCUGUCAAAUUCCUUGUCAGAAUGGAGGCCGAUGCAUUGGCAGGGACUUGUGUUGGUGUCCAUCAAACUCAACAGGAAAGUUCUGCCACCUGCCAGUGCCACCCCCUGCAAAACCAACUCCUCACAGUCGCAAGGAUGCGAACCACCAGGGAUCAAAAUCUCCAUCACACUCUAUGUACACUCUGCCACUGUCCAAUCAGCAAGUGUCUCUCCACCCAUCUUUGGUGAAUGUCCACAUUCAGCACCCACCAGAGGCCGAGGUUCAAAUCCACCAAGUAGCUCGAGUCCAACCUGGGCAGAGACAAGCAACCACAGAGGGGGUUCAUUCUGUGCAGCAGCGUUCCCAACCAGGGAACGGACACGAACACACCAAUGAACAUGGCAGCAGACACCCUCACACCAAUGGGCACAGAAAUGGCCAUGCUACAACAAAUAUCCACCAGAAUGGGCAUGUUGGAAGAUGCUUUCAAGAGACAGUUGAUGGACAGUGUGACAAGCCUUUGCCAGGCCUAACCAAACAGGAUGAUUGCUGUGGAAGUGUUGGUGCUUCAUGGGGUCUUAAUAAGUGCCAAAAGUGUCCAACCAAACCAGCAUAUGCUGUGAUUGCAAAUGGACAAGUGGAAUGUCCCAAAGGUUUUAAAAGGAUGAAUGCCACACACUGUCAAGACAUCAAUGAGUGCCUAUUGCCAGGAAUAUGCAAAAAUGCUCAAUGCCUCAACACAAAAGGAAGCUACAGGUGCACAUGCAAACCAGGGUACAUGUUAGAUGCUGCCCGGAGCCACUGUGUCUCGGACAAGGCAGUGUCAGACCAGAGGGCAUCAUGCUACAGAUCGGUUUCAGCAGGCAUGUGCUCUCUACCGCUUGCUAAUCACAUCACCAAGCAGAUAUGCUGCUGCAGCCGUGUGGGCAAGGCCUGGGGACCUCUGUGUGACCGCUGUCCAUUUCCAGGCACAGACCACUUCAAGGAGAUCUGCCCAGCUGGUCAUGGAUAUACUUACUCACGCUCAGAUGUGCAGAUUUCUCUGAGACAGCUGGAAGAUGAUGAGCUGCAGAGCACCGGUGUAUCACUUGAGGAACAGUAUCCUCAGUUUCCAUCCUCUGAGCCUUCAUUGCUGCUGCCCAGCUACCCACAAACACCUCAUGUGCCUCAAUACUCUGAGUACCCUGAGACACCACAAGCACCUCAGUACCCUUUGACUCCACAACAUCCUUUUCAUCCAGAUAGAGAAACAACUAGACAACUAGAAGAUGUGGAAAUUCUGAGCCCACCAGCUGUUGUGACUGACUCACCAAUGAAGUACUCAGAGACCUCGCCAGACUCCUCAAGCAUCAACUUGAAGCCAGAUUCAAGGGAAACAACCUCUCUAGAUUCAGCCACAGGGUUUAACAAAUGUGCCACUACGCCCACUAUAUGUGGCCCUGGGAAAUGUAUUCCUGUGCAGACUGGCUACACUUGCAACUGUGAUCCAGGAUUUAUGCUUAGUGCACUGCAGACCAGUUGCAUUGAUGUGAACGAGUGCAAUGAGGACCCAUGUGAAGGCAAGGGCCACUGUAUGAACAGCUACGGCUCCUACACUUGUAACUGCUACAGUGGCUAUAGCCAGGUGAUCACUCAGAACAGAAAGUUCUGUCAAGACAUCAAUGAGUGCAGCAUGCCCAACAAGUGCCAGAAUGGCAAAUGUGUCAACACAGAAGGAUCUUACACCUGUGAAUGCAACAGUGGCUAUGCCAAGUCUCGGAGAGGCCUGUGCGAAGAUCUAGAUGAAUGCAGAGACCCCAACUCCUGUCCCAACGGUGUCUGCAUCAACACUCAUGGCUCCUUCCAGUGCCAGGCCUGCACUCCAGGAUUUAAGCCUGUCAAUGAAAGAUGUGUGGAUGUAAACGAAUGCUUGAAUCAAACCGUGUGUGGUCGUGGUAGGUGUGUCAACACAGAGGGUUCCUAUAGGUGCAACUGUUUUCACGGCUACAAACUCUCUCCAGACAACGUUUGCCAAGAUGUGGAUGAAUGCGUGCUUCCGGGAGUCUGCCUCCAUGGCCGUUGUGUCAAUCUGGACGGCACCCACAAAUGCACCUGUAGCCAUGGUUACCAAGUCACCUCAGACAGCAAAUCCUGCGAAGAUGUCAACGAGUGCGCAACUGGUAAUGCCUGCCCUGCGGGAAUUUGCAUCAACACUGCAGGAUCCUUCUCUUGCCAGAACUGCAGACCUGGGUUUGAACCAUCUGCUGAUGGACUGAGAUGUGAAGACAUUGAUGAGUGCGCUCAGAGUGACUUGUGCGUAGGAGGGGUGUGUGCCAACACAAAAGGAUCCUUCACUUGCACCAGAUGUAAGGCUGGCUACAGAGUGUCUCAAGACCGGCAGAGAUGUGAAGAUAUUGAUGAGUGCCAGUCCCUGUCUACUUGUGCCAAUGGGAUCUGUUUAAACUCAGAAGGUUCUUAUACCUGUGAGAACUGCCCUGCAGGGUACAGAGUAUCAUAUGAUGGGGAACUCUGUAAAGAUAUUGAUGAGUGUGCGCUUCCCACUACAUGCCCCCAGGGAACAUGUACGAACCUAGAGGGUUCGUUCACUUGUGUCAUCUGUCAGCCUGGUUUCACAGUCUCUGAAGAUGGUCAACAGUGUGAUGAUGUGGACGAAUGCUUGGUGAGUAAUUCGUGUGCAGGCCAGCUGUGCUUGAACACCCCAGGAUCUUAUACCUGCAGGAGCUGUGAAGCUGGUUUUCAACUGUCUGAGGAUGGUCACACCUGUGACGAUAUUGAUGAGUGCCAGGCUCCAGGUGUUUGCCCCACAGGUGUUUGCACCAACACAGAAGGCUCCUUUUCCUGCAUGGCCUGUGACCCCGGCUUCACUGUGGCACCCGAUGGCCUAUCUUGCGAAGAUUUGAACGAAUGUGACGACACCGGUCUGUGCCUGGGAGGCCAGUGCACCAACAGUAUUGGAUCCUAUAGCUGUAUUUGCCCAUCUGGUCUUGAGCUGGUGGAUGAAACAUCUUGCAGAGACAUCAAUGAGUGUCUAACCAUCGUGGGAAUCUGCGGAGAAGGAGACUGUAUGAACACUGAGGGCUCCUACACGUGCAUCUGUCCUGAUGGCUAUACCACCACUGAUGGAAGGCCUGGCUGCCAAGAUAUGGAUGAAUGCAGCGAAGAUGUGUGCAUACGCGGAGAGUGUGUCAACACCGAUGGCUCUUUCUUAUGCUUGUGUGAGGCCGGAUUCAAGUUCAACACUGAUACAGCUGACUGUGAAGAUCAAGAUGAGUGCAAGGAGUUUGGAAGCUCGGUGUGUGGUACAUGGCGCUGCGAGAACACCAUUGGCUCCUACCGGUGCUUUAUGCAAUGUCAGCCUGGCAGUCUCGAAGGAGAUUGCGAUAUUGAUGAGUGUGACAAUGAAACCAUCUGUGGGAACCACGGCUUCUGCGAGAACACAGAUGGCUCCUUCCGCUGCCAGUGUGACCGUGGCUACAGCAACCCACCCGGAGAUACAAGCAGAUGUGUUGACAUCAACGAGUGUGAGAUGACCUUGGCGCUGUGUGGGGAGGCCCUGUGUGAGAACGUCGAUGGCAGCUUCCUGUGCAUCUGCCCCAACGACAAUGAGGAAUUUGAUCCCAGGACCAACCAGUGCCGCUCCAUGGCUGGGCCUGAGACCAAACCCAUCCACGUACCCACAAGCUCAGCUGAGGAGAGAAAGGAGUGUUAUAACUUAAACGAUGCAAACGUCUGCGACAAUGUUUUGUCUCGCAAUUCCACCAAGCAGGAGUGCUGCUGCACGGUUGGAACAGGCUGGGGGGACAACUGUGAGAUCCACGCCUGUCCUAUCCAAGGAAGAGAUGAUUACAACGAGUUGUGUCCUCAUGGCAGUGGACUUUUACCUUUGCCUGUUUCCUCAAGGCAAAGCCAUGGAGAUCAACAGCCUUAUAAAGAUGCAAAUGAAUGUGAGAUGUUUGGACCUGAGAUUUGUAAGAAUGGAAAGUGUUCAAAUUUCUUUUCUUGGUACACUUGCUUCUGUCGCUCUGGCUUCUACUAUGACAACGUCCGUCUUGAGUGCGUGGAUUAUGAUGAGUGUAAAUUCGAAGAUGCCUGCAAAGAUGGAGCCUGUGUAAACACGGUCGGGUCUUUCAACUGUUUCUGCAGCCCUCCGUUGGUCCUGGACAGCUCACGGCGGCACUGCAUUAGUCUCAACACCACAGAAGAAAUGGACAAGCUCGAGCCAGAAGUGCAUGUAGAUAUUUGCUGGCAGCAACUUGAGGGGGACAAAAUGUGUGCAGAUCCCUAUCCGAACCAAAGGACCACAUUUACUGAAUGUUGCUGUCUGUUUGGGAUUGCCUGGAGUGGGCAAUGUGCCCUUUGCCCCAAGAAACACACCACUGACUAUGCAUCAAUGUGCAACGUGCCCUGGAGAGGAGGCUCAGAUAGUCUUCGAGAGCGGAUUGGAUAUGAAUACGGUCCUGAGCAGCCAGAAGAUCCAGGAGAGUCUUUUCUGCCUCCAUACUGGGAUAACUAUGGUGGCCCUGGAGGAACAUAUGACAUUCCUGAGAGUGUUCCACUGUUUAAUGACAAUGACUACAGUGUUCAGCAGCCACCAGUUCGUGUCCCAAUUGCACGACCUGGGGGGCGCCAGCCUCAGCCAGUGGAUCCUCUUACUGACCGCUAUGAAGGAUUUGAGGGUCUCCAAGCAGAAGAAUGUGGGAUACUGAAUGGAUGCGAAAAUGGGCGCUGUGUCCGUGUGCGUGAGGGCUACACCUGUGACUGCUUCGAUGGUUACGAACUUAACCUGGACAAGAUGGCCUGCGUAGACAUAAACGAGUGUGAGGACAUCAGCGACAGUGUACCGUUGUGUCAAAAUGGGCAGUGCACCAACAUAGAGGGCUCCUACAAGUGCACCUGUUUACCGGGCUUUGUAGCCUCUGCCAAGCCGCACAAAUGCAUCCCAGCCAUCCCAGAGUCCGGGCUGAGGAAGGCAGGAAACUGAGACAGAGACUGUUGGAUCACUGAAUUCUCCUGCUCCCUCAAAGAUAAUCCUUCUGCCCUUUUCCCAGAGGGCCUGGCACUAAACCUCAAACAGUAACACUGAAACGUCCAAAUUUUUAUCCCAACAUCCCGCGCACACACAUGCCAACAUAAACAUGAACACACAUUACUACAUAAGCACACACACACAGACAUUGAUUCAUAUCUCUCUCAUACACAUUCAAGAGGAAAAGAAAUUGUGCAGAGAAUGUAUUACAUGGGGUUUAUUAUACACCAGAUAUCCGUUAGCCUUAAAGGGAUUUUGUGGACUGAUUUUUUUUAUAUUCAGUAACCCCAGGCAAUUUGAUAUGCAGAUUUACUUUCCACAAUAUUUUCUCUGUCAGUUUCCUGUUUUAAAAAUGUGUUAUUUAUUUCAUUAGCAUGACGGGCCUCUGCAAACUAGGACAACGGCCUCCAGUAUUCAGAGAGCAGACUUGACUCCUCCUUUGUUACUUGCCACAAAUUGACCACAAAGACAUUGUGGGGAGAUAAUAAAUGUAUUUUGUUAAAGAAGGAAUGUCACACCUUGUGAAAUAUGAGCUGGGUCGACAAAACAUCUGAAUUUUUUUUUCCCACAGCUGCCCUUCUUCCGGGUUCAAGCGUAAGUUAAAGAAUUUUGGACCAAGAAGCAGAAGGUCGACACAGCCAAACUUUCACAAGCUUCAGCCUUUCCAUAGGCAUGAAAAGACUGUAGAUGUAUAUGAUGAUCUAUGUAAUGUUCUGAUAAUGGUGCAAUCAGUAGAAUUUGCAUUUAGCUGCUGUACACCAUUUUUACUAUAAUACCGACCCCAAUUUUUUUCUUUUUUGUUUUUUGGCAAUAUAAACCUUUUUUUUUUUUUUUUUUUUUUUUUUUUUU